AUGUCAAGCAAGAGUUCGCCUAACGUCUCAGAUAACCUGGCGAAGCUCUCGGCAUAUGGUAUUCUUGUCUGCCACAAGGCCACAAUUCCCGCGGAUGUGGCGGCGCUUAUCAAGUCAUUCGAGGAACAGAUCCAAGGUCUCGGGAAGAACACACCGGAAAAGGUGGCAGAGGUCUACCAGCAGGCAUACUAUUCCAAAAACGAAGACGAGGGAAUAAGUUACCUAGCGAAACUUCUACUCCCUCGAGGGGAAAUCGCACACAAGAAAAAAGGGACGUCACUAAUUACGACUAAGCCGGAACUCAACCUCAAGGAGACCUGGGUACCCAUUACAGGUAGUAAGACUAUCAAGACAUACUUUGGAUCAUUAUUCCGACCGAAGCCUGACCACGCUGCCGGAUAUGUGUCCGCUAGCGACGCAGAACGGGUAUCGGUUGCAGCUCCAUUCACUGGCGAGGAGGAGGCUUUGCUAAAUCGCAUGAAAUUGGCCGACCAAAUACAUUUUCCAUUCUUCACGGCGCAGUGGAAAUCACAAGGCGGAGCCGAAUCACACCUACAUGCGCGCGUCCAAGGCGCUCGCGAUGGCGCUACGAUCAUCAACCACAUGAACAAAUUCUUCGUUGCGGCUGCUCAUAAUACUAAGCCGGUUGAUACCUGUCACUUUAGCAUGACGUGCGAUAUGGAUUCGGUACAACUAUACGUCCACUGGCGAGAUAUUAGCAGUGAAGGCUUGGAGCGAUAUCACAUGGAGCUCAUUAAAAGAACGUGGCUGGAGGAACCUACCGAAGUGAAGGACUAUAAACGAGUGCUGCGAAACAUUGUACAUUGGGCAACAACUACUCGGCUCGAAAACAUACGGUGCGCGCUUGUAAAGCUGCGCAAUGUCAACGCGAGCCGGCUCCGAAGCACGAGCAACUCCCCAAUGAAAAAUAUGCCUUCAGUCACAGCCUCAUCCCCAUCAUCAUCGUCAUCCCGAAUCCCACCUGUACCCGCACCAGGUCUCGGAACGUUGCCCACAUUUCACCAGCUGAGUCCGCCGUUAUCGAUCGACGUUGGCGUAAAGAAGAGAAGAAUGGAUGAGGGCUGA